GAAGGAAAUUUAAAAGCUGGAAAAGGUAGAGUAUGAAAAAAAGAAUCCGAGUAACAAGGUAUGUUAUAAUAUUGAAGGCUUUUAGAAACAGCCACGACCAGGAGUUGUAAUCAAGUAAGCAUUGCUAUUGAAAAUCACGAAUAAAAAUAUAUUGUCCUUAAAUAAUUACGAGACCAUUAAAACACGAUUAACCAUCUGAAAAGCUUAGCUAUUGACAUUACUUCUGUUGCUCACUUAGUGAUCGAUGGCAGAUCGCGCUUCAGAGGUGCAAAACAGUAUCGAUGUGGGCGAAGCUCACGUGAAUUUAGGUCAUUAUGACCAGGCUAUCGACUGUUUCAAAAAGUCGUUACAGAUGGCCACGGCAAUCCGCAACCAAUAUGGUAUAAUUCAUGCUAAUAUGUGUUUAGGAGAUGUUUACGAAAGAUUGAAGGACUAUGAAAAAGCUAUUAACUAUUUGAAAAAAAGCUUAGAAAUUAGCACUACCAUUGGUGAUACGUUUUUAAUGGCAGAAAGCAAUCGCCAGUUAGCUAAUAUUUAUUAUUCUUUAGGAAAGUGGGAAAUCGCAAUUAGCCAUUGGAAAAAAACAUUAGAAUUAGGAACAGCAAUUGACAAUCAAGAAAUAAUAGCAAAAACCAAAUACAGUUUAGGCUACUCUUACGUUCAGCUAGGAAGAAACGACGAGGCACUUUUAUGUCUCGAAGAAGCGUUAAGAAUUUUCACCGCCAUUGGCCACCAGAAAGGAAUAGCUGAAGCUAAUAUGAGUUUGGGCAUAUUUUAUCAAAGAAUGAAAAACUAUGAAAAAGCAAUUAGCUUUUUGAAAGUCAGCUUAGAAAUUAGCACGGCCAUUAGUGAUCAGUCAUUAAUGGCAGAACAGAAUAGAAAUCUAGGCGAUCUUUAUCGUUGCAUAGAAAAGUGGGAAAGCGCAAUUGACUAUUAUAAGAAAACAUUAGAAUUGGGAAAAGUAAUGGACGAUCCAGGGAAACAGCAAAUGUCAAAUGGAAUUAGGCAUUUAAUUUUCACCGCCAUUGGCGACCAGGAAGGAAUAGCUGGGAGUAAUAGCCGUUUAGGUCACAUCUAUGCUUUUUUCAGUGAAUAUGAAAAGGCAUUUGCUUACUUGAAUCGCGCUUUAAACAUAUAUAAUGCUAUUGAUGACCAAAAUGGAAUUAAAUAUGUCAGUAACGAAUUGGGCCGUGUUCACCAGAAUAAAGGUGAAUACAGCAAAGCCAUCGAAUGGCACAGAAAAUCUUUAGAGAUAGCAAAGACGGUCGAUGACCAAGCAGGUAUAGUAGAAGCCAAUUGUUAUUUGUCUUUGAUUUACCAAAGAAUGGGAGAGGAUGAAAAAGCCAUUAGCUAUAUAAAAGAAGGCUCUAUAAUCGCCAACGCUAUUAGUAAUCAGACAUUAAUUGCAAAAACCCAUUUCUAUUCAGGUAAUAUUUCUUUUAAAUCCAAAAACUGGAAAAAUGCAAUUGACCAUUAUGAGAAAGCAUCUAAAAUUUUCAUAGCAGAGGGCGAUCAAACUGCCAUAAUCACGAUCAAUGGCAACUUGGGAACUUGUUACCGUGAACUAGGAAUGUAUGACAAGGCUUUGAACUAUCACAAAGAGAGUUUAGAAUUAGCCAAAACGACUGGAAUGCCAUCAGGGAUAGCAGAAGCCAAUAGACACAUCGGUAUUAUAUAUAGACUGUUGGGUGAUCAUAAAAAAGCCAUUGAACAUAGUACAAAAGCUUUAAAAAUAAGCACUGAUAUUGACAAGCCGUUUAUGAUAAUACGUAGUUAUGAAGAACUAGCAAAUAUUUAUAAGAGUUUAGGAGAAUACAAAGUUGCAUCAUCAUAUUUAGUAAAACUUAUUAAAGUUCUUGAAGAGCAGUUCCAAAAUACGGUUCCGGAUGAAAACAAACUCUCCUUCACAAGUUUUUUCUGUAGAGCUCAUGGAGAGUUAAUGAGUUGUUUUGUUUCUCUGGGGCGCAUAGAGUCAGGAUUAUUAGUGGCUGAUCUGGGAAGAGCUAAAGAGCUCCAUUUUUCCAUUGAAAGAAAACGAAAUUAUUUAGAUGCACAAUUGUCUCAUUACGCACAAUCAAUCUGGAGCAAAAUUGAGAAAAGGGAGGAAAAUCGAGAAAUAGAGCGAAUACAGAACAUUCUUCAGGUAAAAAAUAAUGAAAUUUCAAUUGUGUUAUUUGCAUUUGAUUUCAAUGAAGGGUCUCUGAAAGUUUGGGUUUUGAAUAGCGAUGUCACCUUUAAGUGCUUACAUGAUUUAUCGAUUAUAUGGGCGUUUGUGAUAAAUUUUUCUGCAAACAGAGGUGUGAACGUUAAUCGAGAUUCUUCAUUUUUUAAACUUGAUUCACUCGCGAAUGAACAUAGUUUUGAAAGUCCCAUGAUCUCACCGCCAACCAAGCCGUGUAAAAGGGAAACGCCUGAAGACUUGCACGAAAAACAUUUGAGCGCAGAUAGUUGCAGUGAUGAAAAUAGUUUGAAAAAACUGUUCGAUUUUCUCAUUCAACCGAUAAGAGAUGCCGUCAAAGGGAAUAAGCUCAUUGUUGUUCCUCACGGGCCACUGUUUUUUGUACCAUUUUCGUGCUUGAUUGAUGAAAAUGGGAGGUAUUUAUCUCAGAGUUACAGCAUUCAAGUAACACCCUCAUUACACACUCUGACGUUGACCAAAGAACAAUCCCAGGACCUCGGGUUUGCGUUGUUUGUUGGUAAUCCAAAAGUUGGGCAUGGCACAGAUUUUAUAGCUGAUGACCUACCCAAAGCAGCUGAGGAAGUUGUAAGUCUUUCGAAGCUCUUCACAGCUAGGCCUCUCGUAAAUGCUGAAGCAAAAAAACAGGUCGUUAUCGGACUUUUAAGCGGUGCCAGUAUAAUUCACAUUGCUGCUCAUGGUGAACCGGAGAGAGGUGAAAUAAUUCUUGCUCCUGACCUAUCUGCAAAUGAACAAUCUUCUUCUCUUCCUAACCAAGAUUCCUAUGUCCUCACACAACAGGAUAUUACAAGCAUUUCAUUGCAAGCUCGCUUGGUCGUCCUAUGCUGUUGUCACACAGGCAAAGGUGAGAUUUCUCCAGAAGGUGUCAUAGGUAUAGCUCGGUCUUUUCUUGCUGCUGGAGCUCGCUCUGUUCUCGCCACACUAUGGGGCAUUGAUGAUGAUGCAACAAAGGAGUUUAUGGAAGUAUUGUACGGGGAACUGCUUCAGGAAACACCAGUUUGUGAAGCUUUAAGAAGGGCAAUGAACUUCUUUCAGCAACACGAAAGAGAAGAUUACCGCUCCUUUUCAAUUUGGGCUCCAUUUACUCUCUUUGGACAUGAUGUGAUGUUUACAAAAGUCGAGAUUGAAACGAUCAGAAAAAAAUGCAGUGAAACUCUACCCGAGUGUGGUUUUGCGUUGUUUGUUGGUAAUCCAACGUCAGACUUACCUAAAUCCACCGAAGAGGUUAAUUCUCUUUCAAGGCUUUUCAAAGCAAAGGCCUUCGUUGAGGGCGAAGCCAAGAAACAGGCUUUGCUGGGACUUUUGAGCGAGGCUAGUAUUAUCCAUAUUUCUGCACAUAUUCAACCUAAGCAAUGUGCAAUAAUGCUUUCUCCAUGUGGCUCCUCGAGUGUGGAGGAUGACAUUUUGGCACAAAAGGAUAUCCAGGGUCUUUCUCUGAAAGGUGGCUUGGUUGUUUUAUGCUUUUGUCAUGCUGACCAAGACGAAAUCUCUCCAGAAUGUGUUGAAGCUUUAGCUCUGUGUUUUCUUGCAGCCGGAACUUGUUCUGUUCUUACCACACUAAGGCACAGUGACGAUGAUGCAACAACGGAGUUUUUAAAAGCAUUUUAUAAUGAAUUACUGCAUGAAUUAUCAGUCAGGGAGGCGCUAGAGAAGACCGAAAAACUCUUUGAAAAGCGCGAUGAAGAGGCGUACCAAUCCUUUCUAGGUCGGUCUCCGUUUACAAUCUACGGAGAAGAUAUGAUGUUUCAAAAACAUGAUGUUGAAACGAUAAAAGGGAAAUCUCGCAAAACGUUUUCUGAUUUUGUUGUGUUACCACCAUUAGAUGAGCUUACUGGUUCGUUUGAAAAUCUUGAUGUACAAAAUGGAUCUUAGUAUAGGUUAUCCUUGCGUAUUUUGUAGUUUAGUUUAAGAAAAGAGUACUUACAAGUUCUGUUUGGAUCUAUAUUGGGUAGAUUUCUUAGUCUUUGCUUAUCCAAGAGAUAUUCUAGCAAUACACCCUCGAGCGUGGAUGAACACAAGAUUCACUUGAAACUAAAAAAAUGCAUGGUUCUGAUUGUAGUAAAGAGCCUAUGUGUUUAAAAAUUAUGUCUCAAUCAUUGCAUGCAAGAAGCGCCAAGUUGCGUAAAGAGUGAAAUCCACGUUGCGCUAACGUACGAGGAUCGUGUAUAAUCAUUAUAUAAUCUUGACUUGGAAAUGUUUUCGUUAAACCUUAACCGUGUAUAUAGACACAGUUUUGACAAAAUAGUAUUAACUGACAUGUAUCUGUAAUUUUUCACAACAAUUAGCAGCUAUUUUCCAGUGUUUCAUGUGCGUUAGAAAAUCAGUGAUUCCAUCACAGGCUGUUCUCCACGAAAAGAUCUUCUCGUUACGUUCCAGGCGUAAGUAUUAAUAUUCAAACUCUAAUGUUAAAUAAUAGUUUAAACCGUAAAAAUAAACCGUUCGAAAAUCGAAGAUGCUGCCAAGCUGCAUGCUACUUAUUGUGUGAAUCAUGCGACUCUGAAUUUGUUUUAAAAAAAAAUACAAAACAUUAUACCGGCCAGCGAUGUUAUUAAAACAAGCUGGU